UGUGUUGGUUUAAUAACUUUUCUUUGUUCAGGAUAUAUAUUACUGUGUUGUGUUAUGGUGCAGAAGAUGACUGGGGGUAAAGUGGAUUUCGCCUUAAUAAAGGAAGCAACAAGGAUAGAGCUCGUUAAACUGCUAGACUCUAUUCCUGGCACUAAGGCCGUUGUGUGGGAUGAAAAGCUUGCAGGAGCCUUCAGUCAUGUUGCUGAUUAUGCCUUCCUGCGAACUCAUGAUGUUUGCAAGAUGUUUUACAUCACGGCCAAUAAGCUUCCUCCAAGCAAUGUUGCUCAUAUUAUCUUUCUUGCUCGGCCUCACACAUCGAUCAUGGAUCAAAUCAACCAGCAGUUGAGAAUGGAAGAUCUUCAAGGAAGUACCAAAAAGGAUUAUCAUUUAUGGCUGGUACCAAGGAUAUCCCUCUUGUGUGAGCGCCGACUACAAGAACAUGGAGUGCGUGGAUCAUUCACAACUGUUAGAGAGCUGCCAUUGUUGCUGUUUAGACUGGACUGUGACUUGGUGUCCAUGGAAUUGCCUCUCUGCUUUCGGGAUUUGCAGUUGGAUAGUGACCCUACAAGUGUUUUCCUGGUAGCUCAAGCUCUGAUGACCAUUCAGGGCGUUUUCGGUCUUAUUCCUAACAUAUAUGGCAAAGGUCAGUCAGCCAAGCAAGUGUAUGAACUGAUGGUUCGAAUGAGAAGAGAAAUGGGAGGAAAUGAACCACAGGUGAGUUGAAAUAUAUAAGGAAUCAUUGAAGAAAUACAGUACAGUAUAGGGGCUUGAAUAAGGAAAUGUUCCCUAUGCAACUUGUCCAACUACUGUACGUAUAUAUGAGAUACUACUGUAAUCAUUGUGGUACUUUGGGAAUGUUCUGUAUUCUGUCUUGUUUUAACUUCUUUAUACAGUAGGCACAGAAAAAGAUGUACUGUACUUUAUUGAUAUUUGCAGUGUACCAGGAAGGGAACUGCUUCUCCACUUGGCAGCUGGACUUGUAAUUUUUAAUACAGGUAUCCUUUGAGAUAUGAAUGGGUUAUGUUUAAAAAAAAUCAUUAAGUGAUUUUUCAUAUCGGGAAUGGAAAAACAUAUGGGAAAAAUAAGGCUCGGUUCCCUAAUGACAAAAAUACUCUUAUAUCAUAUCCCCAAAAAACACACCCCCAAAAAAACUACCAAACUAAUGAUAAAUAUUACACCACUACCUAAUACGUUACAGACAUUAAGAAAAUACUAAAUAGAAUUCUAGAUGAAAAUAUGCAGCUAAAACUAUUAAGGAAAUGCUAAAUCAAAGUUUAACACAGCCGCUAGUGGCACCAUUUGCUUAGACACUGGCUGCUUCACGCGUGGCUGCCCUAAAGCGUCACCAUAGCAACCAACCCAGCCACUUCUGCUGACCGACACACAAAAAGAAAUAUUUAUUCCCUUUAUGUUUUUUUACCUUAUGAUAGUUAUUUUACACAUUAUAUAUACAGUAUAGAAUUCUUUGUGCAUGUAACUGAGUAAAAUAAGAAAUUAUGAAAAAAGUUAAGUUUAUACAGGUGCUCCUCUACAUACGAACGAGUUACGUUCCUGAGGCUUGUUUGUAAGUCCAAUUUUGCUCUUGUAGAUACCAAACAUAUUGUAAAAAUUUAAAAGAUUAUCGAUAUUUAGUACGGCUAUACCCUUUAAUACAGCCUUAAAACCUGGCUCACUCUUCUCCUCUUCGGUAAUGUUUGUUCUAUAUGGAAU